AGAGAACCAUACUUAAACAACCAGAACAACUCUCCACUAGCUAGUGAAUAUGGAAGUACUGUUUGCAGCUUCAGUAGCAAUCUCAGUUAUUCUAGCUAUACUUGCUCAUUCUGCACUGAAAUUACAUCAAAGGCUAUGGAUUAGGCCCAAAAAGUUGGAAAAACAAUUGAAAGAGCUGGGAUUUAAAGGCAAUCCUUAUAGAUUUCUGCAUGGAGACAUGAAGGAAUACUUCAGCAUAGCUCAAGCAGCAAAUUCCAAGCCUAUCAACUUCUCCCAUGACAUUGGAGCCCGGCUCUUGCCAUAUGAGCAUCGAAUCGUCGAAAAGCACGGUAAAAACUCAUUUGUGUGGUUUGGAGCCAAACCAAGGCUGAACAUUAUGGAUCCGAUGCUAGUUAAGGAGAUUUUGUUUAAGCAUGAGGAGUUUCAUAAAGUGUAUCCAGAUCCAAUUGCUGACCUUGUUGUAGGAGGGCUUUCGACAACUCAUGCUGAGACAUGGACAAGACGUCGGAAGAUUCUUAAUGUAGCUUUUAAUGUUGAGAAGCUAAAGGGCACAUUACCGGUACUUUACUUGAGUUGUAAAGAUACAGUCAGUAAGUGGAAGGGAUUAGUCUCAGCAGGAACAACUGAAAUUGAUGUUUGGCCUUAUAUAGAAAUUCUGGCUCGUGAUAUGAUUUCGCGAGCAGCUUUUGGCAGUUUUUAUGAAGAAGGAAGAAGAAUAUUUCAACUCCAUGAUAUGCAAGCUGAUCUCGCCUUCCAGGUCAUGGUAUCUAGUUACAUCCCCUGGUCGAGGCACUUCAAAUUUGGAGCAAACAAGAAAAUGAAAGAAUUAAACAAGGAGAUGACUGGUCAACUGACUCGAAUCAUCAAAAAACGAGAGAAGGCACUUAAAAUGGGACAGAAGGUAAACACUGAUGACUUGUUGAGCGUAUUAAUGGAUGCAACGAAGAAGGAUAUACAGGAAGGAUCGGGAAUGAGUAUGGAAGAAGUGAUUGAUGAGUGCAAGUUGUUUUACUCAGCUGGAGCCGAUUCAACUGCACGUUUGCUUGUGUGGACUAUUGUAUGCCUGAGCAAACAUGGUGACUGGCAAUCUCGUGCCAGAGAAGAGGUUUUCCAAGUAAUGGGUGAUAAAGAUAUCGACUGUGAAAAGCUUAACCAGCUCAAAAUUAUAACGAUGAUAUUGAACGAGGUGCUUAGGUUAUAUCCACCAUCAGCUCUGCUCCUGCGAGCUACUUCCAAGAAAAUGAAACUAGGAAAUCUGACUAUACCCGCGUGGGUGCACUUGACCAUGCCAGUCAUUUUUCACAACCACGACAGUGAAAUUUGGGGUGAAGACGCGAAAGAGUUUAAUCCACAAAGGCUUUCUGAAGGCAUUUCUAAUGCAACAAAAGGAUCUCCCGUGUUCAUUCCAUUCAGUUGGGGUCCUAGAACGUGCAUCGGCCAACACUUGGUCCUGAUAGAAGCCAGGAUCGCGAUUGCAAUGAUCCUGCAGAGCUUCUCACUUGAGCUUUCUCCGUCCUAUUUACAUGCUCCCGAGCUUACUUUUCUCCUUAAACCUCAGUAUGGUGCUAAAAUUAUACUGCAAGAGCUAUAAACUGCAUUUGUUUGCAGUGAAAUGGUUCAGGUUUGCUGUUGUAUUUCAGAAAGUGGGCUACUUAUAUGUCCUCUAAUAAUGACCAAUAUUUUUUUUA